AUGCCGAUAGUAAGCCCUACCAAUGUCUUAGGCGACCUUCCUAUCUAUCCUACCUCGAACGAUACGCACAUCGAGAGCGAUGCUUGCGAUCCCCUGCCUGACACGACGGCCGACCUCUCAAAUUUUGCUGUUAUUAUUCAUCGUGGCAUCUGUCUGUUUACACAAAAGAUGGACACAAAAGAUGGACAACAAGGGUGGGAAGGUGUUCCUUAUCUACAACACAGUAUCGAGUAUCUAUCACAAACAAUGCAUCUCCUCCAGGCACCCGAGUCCUUGGAUCAUGUUUAG